GAUGCUCGCGCCCAACCCAGCAUCACCAAGCACGCGUAGGAAGGCGCGCCCGUGAAUUGUAUAAAGAGUGUGCGAAACCGGAGAACGCGUCACAGCUCAUUCAAUUCUCAGUCAGACGCCGACUAGCACAGAGACAACCAUGGCCUCUGGGGUAAAAGUAGACGAGAACGUGCUCCACCUCUUCAACGACAUGAAGGUGCGCAAAGCCAACCUCAGCGAGGACGAGAAGAAGAAGAGGAAGAAGGUGGUCCUCUUCUGCCUGAGCAGCGACGAGAAGAAGAUCGUUGUGGAGGAAGGGCGGGAGAUCCUGCAGGGCGAUGAGGGCGACCCCUACAACAAGCUGGUCAACAUGCUGCCCCCUGACGACUGCCGCUACGCCCUCUACGACGCCACAUUCAUGACCAAGGAGACCAAGAAAGAGGACCUGGUCUUUAUCUUCUGGGCUCCAGACACAGCUCCGUUGAAAAGCAAGAUGAUCUACGCAAGCUCCAAGGAUGCCAUCAAGAAGAAGUUCACAGGCAUCAAACACGAGUGGCAGUUGAACGGUUUGGAUGACAUUAAGGACCGAAGGAGUCUGGCUGAGAAGCUAGGCGGCUCAUCGGUGGUGUCCUUGGAAGGGAAGCCCCUCAGCGAAUGAGGACGACCUCCCUGUGGGGCUUAGCUGUUCAUUCCAUCUGGGUAGGGCAGCGGGAGAGGCAGGAUCGUUGGUGGGACUGUAAAGGGGCAAUAUUUGCGGGUGGGGUGGGUGAGGGGGGCCGUUUCCAAACUCCACACAAUUUUAGGCUGUCAUUCUGGUUCAUAUUCAAGGAACAAAAACACAAAAGAGCAAAAAGGAAAAAGACACUGAUUUUUAAAAAAAGAAUGGAGGAUUAUAACUUGAGAAAUGAAUAUGUGCUGACAUGUGUUUGUUCUUUCUGGGAUCCAUUUAAAAAGUGCUGGAGAGAGUCGGACAGGGCAGCAAACGUUGCAAUUUACAACAAUUGAAUCCUGCAAAAUACGGUUUCUAACCGUUUUUGUUACCUUCCCUUUUUGCCAAACCUCUUGGUAUGUUUUUGUAUGUGUGUGCACUUGAGACUAUGAAGUAUACAGAAAGGAAAACAUUUCACUCCAAAAGAAUGAUUGCACAUGAACAAAAAGCAUUCUGGGAAACUUUUUUUUUUUUUUUUAAUAAAUCAUAGCCUUUUAUCCCCCACCCUACCCCAUUUUUGUUGGGUUUUUUUUCUUUCUUUUUUUUAUUUCCCGACCAUUUCCAAGUUUCAAACCAGGGCAUCAUUGUAAUAAUAUUGAAUACGUUCUCUUCACUUGUGUUUAAAAGCGAAGAAAUGAAAAACUGAAAAAUUGUAGGAACUGGUAGGUAAAGUCUGUUUGAAAUGAGCUGAAGGUUGUUAGGGAGUGAGUGUUUUGACCGGCCGGUGUACAGAUCUUACGAGGGUUAUUGGCUUGUGGAUGUUUUGUAUUGUCUCCUUAUCUCUAAUAAAAAAAGGCACUAAAUUA